AUGGGCUGCCAGCCCAGCCCACCUAUGCUGUGUGACCUCACACAAGCCUUCGCCUCAGCCAUGAUUUUCACGUCUGUCCGUCAGGUGGGUGUCACCACGGAGCAGUGUGGCCCAGCCAUGGAUCUUUCGGGGGUGCUGGGUGCCCUGGCCCUGAACCUCCCUCCCGAGCUGGUCAACCAAGUGGCCGCUCACGUCUUCCCUGUGCCCGGUGUCUUGGCCCUGGCUGCCGUGUCGAACACCGCGGACUACGCGGUUUGUGCAGCAGGCUUGUACUUCUCACAGUCUGGAAGCCUGCAUGCGUGGGACAUGGCGGCAGUCCGGCUGGGCCCUGGUUCCGGCUCCAAGGCCCUGUCCCCAGGCACGGUCACCACGGGAGUCCAGGGGCCUCCAGUUCCGUCCACAGCGCCUGCCCAGCCCUCCCCCAGGCUGCUCUCAGACCCCAGCCCGUGGCUUCCUGCUGCCCUCACCACUGCCCCUCCCCCCAGGACCUCCCACUCCCGGGCCAAGGCCGAGGCGGCCCUCACAGCGGCUCAGAAGGCCCAGGAGGAAGCACGGAUCGCCAGGAUCACUGCCAAAGAGUUCUCCCCCUCCUUCCAGCACCGGGAGAACGGGCUGGAGUGCCAGCGACCCAAGCAUCAGCUCUCCUGCGAGGAGGACAUCGAGGUGCUGUCGGCCGGGGCGCCCCUGCAGCAGGAGAGCCCCGGGCUGUACCGCAAGGGCACCACCCCUUCCGACCUGACCCCGGACGACAGCCCCCUGCAGAGCUUCCCCGCCAGCCCCGCGGCCACCCCGCCCCCGGCCCCCGCCUCCAGGAACAAGGUGGCCCACUUCUCCCGGCAGGUGUCGGUGGACGAGGAGCGAGGGGACAUCCAGGUGCUCCUGGAGGGCCGGGGAGGGGACUACGCCCGCGGCGGCUGGGGCGAGGAGAAGGCCGGGGGCCCCCGGGGCGUGCGCGGCGGCGCCCUCCGCAGCAGCCAGCCCGCCGAGGACCUGCGCGCCCGGGGCUCGGGCCACAGGCAGCCCGGGAACCCCAAGCCCCGGGAGCGGCGGACGGAGUCCCCCCCCACGUUCUCGUGGACGCCCCACAGCGCGGGGGGCGGCAAGCUGCUGGAGCGGGACGAGGAGCGGCUGAACUACAAGCUGGAGAUGAGGCCGCUGCUGAGGAUGCAGGCCCCGCCCCAGAGACGACGCUGCGGCCGGGGCGCCGCCGGGGAGCCGCCCGACGACCGGGGCUUCGGGGUGCAGAGGCUGCGGCCCAAGCCCCAGAACAAAGAGAGCCUGAGGCCGGCCUCCGCCGCGGAGCCCACGGUGCAGAAACUGGAGAGCCUGCGGCUGGGCGCCCGGGCCGAGCCCCGGCUGCUGCGCUGGGACCUGACCUUCUCGCCGCCCCAGAAGUCCCUGCCUGUGGCGCUGGAGUCCGACGAGGAGAACGGGGACGAGCUCAAGUCCAGCGCGGGCUCGGCGCCUGUCCUCGUGGCCAUGGUGAUCUUGCUCAACAUCGGAGUCGCCAUCCUGUUCAUCAACUUCUUCAUCUGAGGAGACCGCCGCGGCCAGGAGCCGGCCCCCCGCCGCC